AUCGCGAAACUCGAGGCAACAUAUCGCGUUACGAGAACGUGACUGAUGCGAGUGCGUGACUCUGCGCUCCGCUUGCUACUGGUUUCCGCCGCGCGUGUUGGUGCCCGGAGAAUGCGCUGUAAUCUAGCUUGCAAUACCGCCGAACCACCACUCAGGACAAAGUAUGUCCGCCAUGCUCCUAAACAGCUGUCUUUUCGCCACCCGCUCCGGCUCCGCUAUUUCGGUCGGUCUUUGAAACCUUGUGGCCACACACGGAAUUGUAAGCCAUCAUGCAAGCCAGUGUUGCAUUCUGGCCGUUGGUUCGUAAGGGAGACGCCCUUUCGCUCUGCUAUUCUAAUCUCCGACGAUCGCGUCUUCAAGUAGUACCAUGCACCGACACGCUCACGAAGCGAGGGCGGAGUGCCUUAGCAGAAGCGAACUGGUGUCGUUGGCUUAUAGUUCCGCAUACCGUGAUAUCCCAGGAUGCGAAGUCCAUAGCCUACCAGCAUGCACUUCCUGCGCAGUCGUCUCAGGUUAAGCGACCAUGGCUGGUAGUAUAAUCUCA